AGGACACAGAAACAUAUCAGAAUUAUCAGAGAUCAUAGAACUUACCGAAUUAAUUUCUAAAAAUGAAAAUUUAUUUCUAAUUUAAAGAGAUUUUUUGAAAAUUAAAGUCGCCUUUGUACAGUUUUUCAUGACUACCGUACUAAAACAUUGUUUACAAAUAUCAGGGAAAGUAGUAACCAACUCCUGUCGAUUCAAAAAUUCAAGGUAUUUUACAGUUAAUAUGACUGCUGUCGUCAACACCGAACAAAUUAGAAACAAAUUGAUAAAUGAAUUAAAGGCUACACACGUGCAGCCUUUUCGCCGCAUUUAAAGUCCAAAUUAAAAUUCACCCACAACAUAUAUGUUAUCGAAAAUUCUGAAAUGGUUGUGGAAAAAAAAUUUUCGUUGAGAAUGUCUUUCGAGAAUUGGUUACUCCUUUUUGGUAUUCUGCUUGCUAUACUACUGAGAAAUAUAACUAUGCUGCAUCCUUACUCGGGACAAGGAAAUCCACCAAUGUAUGGAGAUUUUGAAGCACAAAGACAUUGGAUGGAAAUAACUACCAAUUUACCUGUUAAAGACUGGUAUCGAAACACUUCCGACAAUAAUCUUCAAUACUGGGGACUUGAUUAUCCGCCCCUUACAGCUUAUCACAUGUAUUUUUGUGGAUUAAUUGCAUCAUACUUAAAUCCUAAUUAUACUUCUCUUCACAACUCCAGGGGAUUUGAAAGUGAUGGUCUCAAGAAUUUUAUGAGAAUGAGUGUGCUUAUCAUAGACCUUCUCUUAUAUAUGCCUACUGUGAUGAUCUUUUAUUAUACAAGUGUUGAAUUUUACCAAAGUAUUCAAGUCAGCAGAGUUGAAUCGAAAAAAAAACCUCCUUUAUUGCAUCCUUUCUUAUCUACUAUUCUUGCUUUUUAUUAUCCAGGAAAUGUUUUGAUAGAUCAUGGACAUUUUCAGUAUAAUUGUGCAUCUUUAGGCUUUACAACUUUGUCUGUUAUAUUCUUGAUACGUGGAAAGAAUAUUUUUGCUUCAGUUUUUUUCUGUUUUGCACUGAACUAUAAACAAAUGGAACUGUAUCAUUCCUUACCUUUCUUUUUUUAUUUGUUGAGUACUUGUAUACCAAGACCGGGACAGAAAGCUAUUAGUGGGUUAUUAUCAUUAUUCAAAAUUGGUUUAGCAGUUAUCUUAACAUUUUAUAUAAUUUGGUAUCCGUUCGUUUCUGAUUUCAAAAGCAUUUUGCAGGUUCUUGAACGAUUAUUCCCUUUCAAUAGGGGAAUAUUCGAAGAUAAAGUUGCCAAUUUUUGGUGCAUUGUCAAUGUUUUUUACAAACUGAAAACUUGCGAUCAUUCGAAAUUGAUGAGAUUGUGCUUAUUCACAACACUCUCGGCAGUCUUUCCCUCCAGUAUAGAUUUGUUUUCGAGACCAAAUUUGAGAAAGUUCAUUUUGGCUCUCAUUAACAGCUCUCUGGCAUUCUUUUUGUUUUCUUAUCAGGUUCACGAAAAAACCAUUUUAGUUGCAGCAUUGCCAGUGGUGCUGUAUACUCCAGAGGAUCCUUUUGUUUGUUUUUGGUUUCUUUUUGUUUCUGUAUUCAGUAUGUUGCAUUUGUUCGUUAAAGAUGAUCUUUUAGAUUCCGUACCAACUUUGCUGAUAUGUUAUUCUACAAUUUUUUGUCUUUGUAUGAUGUAUGCAUACUGGAGAACGAAAAAUUCGAAAAACCGGCCUUCAAUAUUUCAAUUUAUUCAGUACAUUUUAGAGGAAGAAGGUUGUAAAACGGAGAACGAUUCUAAUUGGAAAUUAUUGAGAUAUUUCGCACGUAUGAAAAAAGAUUAUAGUUUCCUCAGAAAUUUCCUGUUUACUUUCACUAUGGCCAUGUCUUUUGUUGGAUGUAUUUUGAUUCUGAUUCUUUAUUCGGUUGUUACUCCUCCUGCUAGGUAUCCAGAUUUGUUCCCAUUGAUAACUUCUGCUUACUGUUGCGUGCAUUUCCUUGGUUUCUUUUUGUAUUUCAAUAUAAAACAGCUUCAGAUACCUCAGGAUUUUGGGGAUAUCGGUGAUGUAAAGUUGAAAUAAAAUUAGUUUUAAGUUGUACAUUUAAGUUUAACUAAUGUAAAUGACAAAUAUGUCAUACGUCCUAAUAAAUCAUAUAUAUUGUGAUUCAUUCGUGUCGUGUAUGUGGAAAUUUAUAGAAUAAAUGUGUUUGGGGGUUUGUAUUUGUCUUUGAGAGUGCUUUGAAGUAUACCAAUUUUCUAACAGGUUCCAUUUAUAUAAUAUAAACUACACAUGAAACAAACAGGCUAUGAAUGAAUUUUUAUAUCAUGUUCUGUAGGUGGAAAUUUAUAGAAUAAAUGUGUUAUUAUUC